AUGAGCGAGGCUGCGUCACACUCGCGUGAGCCCACCCACCUCGAUUAUCAUGGACAUAUACCCGAGCGUGAUGCCUCGAGACAGGCGCACCGCCAGUCAAAGCCCGAGCCCGAGCCUGAGAAAGCUGAGGAUACAAUCAAUCGCCAACCCUCGCUGAACGAAGUCGAUGCGCCCGAACCUGUGCAGAACAGACACGACGACUCGGCCUGGCACCGACAAACACAUCUCGAGGACGAAUCGCUCGACUCUGCUCCAUCGCCUCCCUCGUUCCAUACUCGCCGGUCAUCGCCGCCCUUGUCUAGCAAGAAAGAGCCCCUCUCUCCGCUUGCGACGCAGCUUUACAUUAUCUCGCACCUUGUCUUCUUCUCCAUAUGGGGUACGCUCGCUCGCUUGGCUAUGCAGUGGCUCACCUUCUACCCUGGCGCUCCCCUGGUCACUCCUGUGCUUUGGGCCAACGUAGGCGGCUCCUUCGUCAUGGGCUUCUUGUCCGAGGAUAGAAGAGUGUUUCGAGAGGAAUGGGGUCUGGACAACAUGGAUCCUCACACCAGAGAGAAGGCACUUGAACAGGAGCAUUCAGAUCCAACUGCCGCUAAAAAGGCACAUGCGAAGACGAAAAAGACGAUACCGCUGUACAUUGGUCUGGCCACAGGCUUCUGCGGUUCUUUUACCUCCUUCUCCUCCUUCAUGCGCGACGUCUUUCUAGCUCUGUCCAACAACCUCCCGACUCCUGUGAGUCACCCAUACCCGAAUGUGCCAUCCUUUACUUCCACGAUACACCGCAAUGGCGGCUACUCAUUCAUGGCUCUGUUGGCCGUAAUCAUAUACACUGUCGCGCUCUCUCUGGCUGCUCUGAAUGUCGGAGCUCAUCUCGCUCUUGCUUUGGAUCGCUUCACGCCUACCUUGCCCUUCAGAUUCACUCGCAAAUUCAUCGACCCACUUGUUGUUUUUCUCGCAUGGGGUUGCUGGCUCGGUGCCAUCUUCCUAUGCAUCUGGCCUCCAGACAGGCCGUCUGGUUCGUCGAGUCGUGGUAUCUGGGCGAACGAAGUCUGGCGUGGUGAAGUUCUGUUUGCGUUGGUCUUUGCACCCAUUGGUUGUCUGCUGCGCUACUACGCGUCGCUCAAGCUCAACCCCAUUACUGCCUCCUUUCCGCUCGGUACCUUUGCCGUCAACGUGUUUGGAUGCGCGGUAGAGGCCAUGUGCUACUCCGUUCAGCACGUGCCUAUCAACUCGACAGCCGGUGCCCUGGUUGGUGGAGGGAGGGUUAGCUGUCAAGUUCUGCAAGGCGUCAUGGAUGGUUUCUGUGGUACGACAACCACUGUCAGCACGUGGGUCACAGAACUACAAUCCUUACGAAGGCGACAUGCGUAUGUAUACGGAAUGGCGAGCGUGGUCGCCGGUCUCUGUCUCAUGGUAAUCAUCAUGGGCAGUGUGAGGUGGACAGUGGGCUGGAGCACCCCUGCAUGUGUCACCAUGCGAACCUCCUCAUGA